GUGAUGCGCGUGCGCAGAGCGCACAACGCGUGUGUCUUGUCCUCUAUUCACCCACCUUCUAUUCAUCUCGGCAUUUAGGCAUAUUUAGAUACUGUAGUAGCUAGCUAGCUAAGUUCAUUCAGCGUCUCAGUAACAAACGGUUGUUACCAUGACGUCUCGUGUGGGCCCUCGAGCUGCAGGUACUGAUGGGAGUGACUUCAAACACAGAGAGAAGGUGGCCUCGCACUACCAGAUGAGCGCCUCACUAAAGUCUGAGAUCCGGAAACUCAACUUCGUCCACCUGCUGCUCUGGCUCCUGGUGGCAGCCCAGGUGAUCGUCAGCAAACUCGACCUGGUGCCAAGCGACACAGUGUCCGAGCCCUACAGAUGGGAAUACCCCUACCUGAUCAGUCUCUUUCCACUGGUCACCGGCAGCCUGUCGCUGCCCAAGAACAACAUAAGCUACCUGGUGAUCUCCAUGAUCAGCUCAGGCCUGUUCUCCAUCGCUCCACUCUUCUAUGGCUCCAUGGAGAUGCUCGGCGAGGCCCAGCAGCUGUACCGCCACGGCAAGGCUUACCGCUUCAUCUUCGGCUGGGCAGCGGUCACCGUCAUGUACCUGGUGAUGGUGGUGGCGGUGCAGGUGCACGCCUGGCAGAUCUACUACAGCAAGAAGCUGCUGGACGCCUGGUUCGACUCCACACAGGAGAAGAAGAAGAAGUGAUGAGGAUGUAUUGUGGGUUUUGAGGCUGGGGGAAAGUGUUUUUGUUUUUCUCUCUGUCUUUAGGAUGCAUAUAGUAGUAUAUUCAGUUAUUUAUUUAUUACCUCAUGUAAUCACUGUCUAUUAUAGCUUUCCAGAUUGUCUAUCCAACACACAUUUUCUUGCCAAAACACGCAUACUUUCCCAUUUCAAAGACACUCAGGCCUGUACAUUUUCUCUCACAUACACACAUAAUUAUAUUACACACAUAUAGCGGACAUUAUUCGGGCGCGUAGUCUCGUGUUGAAGGAAUAUCCUCUUGGUCUAAUGGUCAAGAUGUUGGUUUCUCCCGUGGGAGACCAGGGUUCAGAUCCUGGCUGUGACGCUCACACAGCCUCGUUCCACUACUCUGGAUCCAUGCUGUUUUUCCUUUCCAUCUCAUCUAUCUUCUCAUGGCGAAUCAUGAACAUUGUGGGGUGUUACUACCUUGCGUUGUUGCCAUAUCAACUAGCCUCUUUAUCUCAGGUCCUAGAUCUUACUGGAUCUAGCCUGAACUUUGCCAGCCAGUUAGCAUUAGCAACUCUACUUUGUUUAUCUGGCCUCAGAGAAUAAACGAUAGAGACUGCAGCUCCUUCUGAGACCGCAAUGUUUACUGCUGUUGUGAAGCAUUUAGACGUGUGUAUGAACCAAGCCCUUGUGUGUGAGACUGGAGCAUGACGGAGGAUCGCUCUACUAACUCUUUGUCUUAACAGAGGAGGAAUGAGGGCUGGACAGGUUUGUUGCCACGGUUUCAGUAAAUUGACAUCCGGUGACAAGUGUGUCAAAUAUUGAAAGCCCUGUAAGGCAUGCGCACAAGCACUGUCCAAAGCUUGAGACAGAGACAUGGGAUGGUGUGCUUCAAUGGCAAAAAAAUUGAUGCAUCAUUGCGCUAAAUUGGCCUGACAGGUUACACUGUGUCUUGACAGCUAUCAAGGGUUCUUGAUUUGCCCCUGUAAUGUGGCCAAACUAGUGCUCAUCGGGGUUGUGGUCAAUAACAUUUCAAUUCCAGUGAAUUCAGAAAGUAAACCAAAUAUCAAUUCCAAAUUAUCAUUGAUAAGCAUUGAAGAGAAUUUGAAUUUCAGUGUACUUCCUGAAUUGACCCCAACCCUGGUGCUCAUCAUUCAUAUACUUCUUAAAUGUCCUAUAUGCUUGACCCAUUGCCCCCUAACUUUAUAUGAUUAUGUUUUUACCACCAAUAAAAAGGGAAAUUAAAUCA